AUGUAUAUCACGCUAGACCAAAAGAGGUGGCGCUACGAUCCACGUACUUUGAGCACGCUCUCGCCAGGAUUUACCUUUCCACAGCAUUUUCAAUUGCGGCAUGUCGCAAUGAAAGAAAAUUGGAGCCACGUCGAAGACCGCAGAGACCGAGGAAGAGUCGACCGUGGAGCACCACGUCCGAGGUCGUCGCGAUCACCCACAUCUCAUCGACAAGAGGGUGAUAGAAUAGCCAAGGCUAGAGAUCGUAGUCCACUCAAAUCAAGACCUAUCUCUCAGCACCACGACGCACCUCGAGAAUCAAGUCACGAAAGAAGACGCAGGCGCUCUAGAACACCUCUAAGGGACUCAAGAGAAGUCGUUCGUGAACGGAAUAGGGGGAGAGAACUACUGGAUACAAGAGGCUCUACAAAUUCAAGAAAGAGCAUUACAAACAGAUCACCGUCAUCUAGUAAGCGUCGAAGACUAAGCAGGACCCCAUCGCCUUCACAGAUUCAUAACAAGAAGUCAAAACGAGGCCUGUCCAAAAGCCCUGUCAGGUUCGAAGGAAGGUCAGAAAUAGUACCUAGGCUGGAUAGAAGGAAAAGAACAUUAUCUCCAGCUCUACCUCGUAAGAGAUCUCCUGAUAGAAGUGAAGAUCGCUUUGAUAGUAAACCCAAGAGAUACCGGGAAGUAGAUAGGCGUGGGCGCUCGCCAAGCCCUAAGUUAAGACACAAUUCCCGCAGAGAAACUUACCAUAAACGAGAAAAAUCACCCAAGCGCUUAAGCUCUCCGUAUCGAGCCUCUAAUAAGGCUCGUGACUUAUCUCCGCCAGAUAAAUUUAAGGAAAGAGUACAUAGACGAGAAGAGACAACAAUUUCGAGGGGUCGCUCUCCUGAAGUUGAUUGGUGUGAAACAUCAAAUAUUUCAAGACAAUAUUCACCACGUGCCCCACGAGGCCCCAAAAGCUUUAGAGGGGGUCACUCUCCUCGGAGAGGGGGUAGAGGAGGAAGAUCUCGCGACGAAUUUAGGUAUAUUGAGAAACCUGAGGGCAUUUCUAGCGAAAGAGAACAUUACACUACUGGACCAAGUACUAAAAGUAUCGAGGGUAAAAGUUCAAAACCACCUUCUGCAGUCCCUGCAUCCGGUGCGAACAGCUUUGAAAUCGAGCCUAAAAUGGCUGGCAGGGGUUAUUAUGGCAGCCAACAAGAUUAUAACCCUCAUUACCAAAUGCAAGCUGCCUUCCCAUUAAAGCCUCAAUACAGUCAACGACCCCCCCCAAUGGACUCGAGGCAAUACUCGCAGUCACCACAGCAUCACUUGACACCGGGCUCGUAUCAUGGGUCUCCAGCACAAUCACCCUACCAUAGUAAUAGGGGUAAUUGGGGAGGACACACAACACAACAUCAAUACUCUCCUCCACCGCAAUAUCCUCCAAGUUACCAACAACAGCAUAGUUACUCAAACUCGGGUUAUCAACCUCCUUACCUUAAUCAAUCACCACCAUAUUACAGUUCAGCAGGACAAGGGUAUCAUCACUCGUAUCAGCAAAGUUUUAGAGGAAGUCGGGGUGGCUAUCGAGGUAAUAAUUUUAUUCCUCGGGGUGGAAGGGGAGAUCAUAGAGGUGGGCGUGUAACUCAUUUUAAAAAUCUUCAAUGGAACAGUAGCACCAGUACCACCAAUCAGAAUGCAGCACUCCGCGGAAAAAAAACAACAUCUGUAAGUGUAACGGCUUUGCAAAAAUCCCCCAAGGGUCAAGUAGUAGAAGGUGCAUCUCAACAUGCAGUUCAAAGUACACAAGACCGGGUUGAAGAAGAAGCUGAAGAGAUUUUCAGACCUUCUAAAGAUCUACAGGUAGAAGAUAAAGAGGUCAUCAAAAAGAAAGAUGAAGAACAAAUGCCACCACCUAAAAGAUCAACUCCAACAGGACCACAAAUCCAGCAAAAUUCACUGAAGUUUAGUUUUGCAUUUAAGGGUCCUCCUAAGUUCGUAAAUACAACAUCUAAGCCUACAGUCUCUUCAAAAAUCAGCUCAGGGACAUCUCAAGAUAAGCAAGCUUAUGAAAAAGCCCAUCCCACUAGUCCCCAAAGGUCUAUUUCGCAGAGUAUUCCUACAGAGCCGAGGAUCUCAAGGCACUCGGACCCAACAGAGACUGACAAUAAAACACACAAAGUAAAAAAAAUAAUGAAACGUAUAAAAGAAAAACCGCAACUAUCAGAAGAAUUUAAAAAAUCCGAAUCGAUAUACUUCCGAAAGCCUGGAAAUGAAUCUGUUGUUGGUUCGGGAACAUACGGUAAAGUCUUUAAGGCUGUUCAUAUCUACACAAAAAAGCUUGUUGCCUUGAAGAAGAUUCGCAUGGAAGGAGAGAGAGAUGGAUUUCCUGUAACGGCGGUGCGUGAAAUUAAGCUGCUUCAGUCUCUCAAGCACCAGAACAUUGUCAACUUGCAAGAAGUUAUGGUUGAGAAGAAUGACUGUUUCAUGGUUUUCGAGUAUCUUUCUCAUGAUCUUACAGGUCUUCUCAACCAUCCAACUUUUAAGUUAGAGCCAGCGUACAAAAAGCAUCUUGCAAUGCAACUCUUUCAAGGACUCGACUAUUUACACCGUCGUGGUGUGCUCCAUCGGGAUAUCAAAGCUGCUAACAUACUUGUUAGCAAUAGGGGACUGCUUAAACUUACUGACUUUGGCCUCGCAAGGUUUUAUGCAAAACGAAAGCAACUCGACUACACGAAUCGCGUUAUAACAAUAUGGUAUCGCUCACCAGAACUGCUAUUAGGUGAGACUCAAUAUGGUCCUGCAGUCGAUAUUUGGAGUGCUGCAUGCGUGCUUAUAGAGAUAUUUACACGACACGCUAUCUUCCCAGGUGACGGAGGCGAAAUUUCCCAACUGGAGAAAAUCUAUGCUGUUCUAGGGACGCCUAAUAGAAUCGACUGGCCUGGUUUGGUUGAUAUGGCAUGGUUUGAACUUUUACGGCCAGCUUCAAAGAAGCCAAAUGUGUUUUCAGAAAAGUAUAGGGAGCGCUUGACGCCCCAAGCAUAUGAGUUACUUCAAGAUAUGUUUCAGUACGACCCUGCAAAGAGACCAAGUGCAUGUGAAAUUCUAGAGCAUGCAUAUUUUAAGGUCGAGCAACCAAAGCCUGAACAAGCUAUCCACCUCGCUUCACUAGACGGCGAUUGGCAUGAAUUUGAGUCCAAAGCGCUAAGGAAAGAAAAUGAGCGUAAAGACAAAGAGGCUAAACGUCAAGCACUGAAAAGUGCAGAUAAGAAGCGGGUAUCAGAAAGUGAAACAGCGGACAGAGACACUAAAAGGCCAGCAGCCGAAAUGAUUCUCAAUUCACCCGCACUGAUUCGAACUAAAAACGACUAG